AUGGAUCUCCCUUUCUCUCUUUUGAUUCCAGUUGUGUUUUGUGUGGCUCUGUCGUCAUUGGUGGGUCACACAGCGGAGGUCCUUCCCCGCUGCUACCGGGCCCCGGGCGACUCCUUGCGGACCUCUGAUUGCCAACUCCAGCACCACAAAUCCAUCCCAGAGGUCGACCCUUCCGUCCAGGUCCUCUUCUUGGACUUCAAUGCCAUCUCCGCCAUCGUGAGCUCCUCCUUCCCGCCCUUGACGUCCCUCCUCAUGCUGUCUCUCGGGAGGCAGUUCGUGGGAUCCUUCUUCGUCGGAGAGUGGGCUUUCCGCAACGUCCCAGGCAUCACCUUCCUGGACCUUGGAGGCAAUCGCAACCUGACCCUCCACCUGGACGCCUUGAGGGGCCUCUCCAAGCUGGAGGUGUUGCUCUUGGAUGCCAACGGUUUGGACGAAGGCAUCCUGGAGAAGGGUUAUUUCCGGGAUUUGGUGUCGCUGAAGCGCCUGGAUCUGUCCGGGAACCGCCUUCGUAGGUUGAGGCCCGACGCAACGUUCCAAGGGUUGAGGAACUUGGAUACUCUUCAGCUGAAGCUCAACCAGAUCAGUACCAUUUGUGGGGAUGACCUCCAACAUCUUCGGGGCCGUCAUUUGGACAUCUUGGACCUCUCUUCCAACCGGCUGCUUGGUUCCCCGUCCUGUGGCAACCCUUUCCUCAAUAUCACGUUGGGGACGCUUGACGUCUCCUCCAAUCCUUGGAACGCGGAGAAAAUGGAGCAAUUCUUCACACAAAUAAAUGGCACCGAAAUCUUGAACCUCAAGAUGCAACACUCGGGGGCCUUGGGAAGCGGGUUCGGCUUCCAUAACUUGAAAGACAUCUCGGCGAGCACCUUCGCCGGAUUGCGCCACAGCGGCGUCUCCUCCCUUGACAUCUCCAACGGCUUCCUCAACAAGUUGGUCUCCUCUUCUUUCUCGGCCUUCCCAGAUCUCGACGUCCUGCUCUUGAGGUCCAACGAGAUCGCCCAGAUCCAAGAUGGAGCCUUUGCUGGGCUGAAGGAGCUGCGUGUCCUCGACCUCUCCGGGAAUCUCCUCGGCGCAUUGUACGAAGAGUCCCUGCGGGCCUUGAGGCCUUCUCCUUUGCAUCAUCUCGUUCUGGCCUCCAACAACAUCGGAGCCAUCCAACACAAUGCUCUUGAAGGCCUCAACGCCUUGGAGACCCUCGACCUCGAGGACAACUCACUUUCGAAAAUCCCACCAGGAAAUCUCCCGUCUUUGCUCCGCCUGACGCUGCGGCGGAACCGGAUCCGGGAUGUCUGGGGCAUCGAGCGGCUCGGGAAGACCUUGACACACCUAGACCUCUCUUCCAAUCGCUUAAUCAACUUGGGAAGCAUUUGGGGCCAACUGGGAGGCAUCCCCAACUUGCGCUUGCUCAAUCUCUCCAGCAACGGGUUCAGACAAUGCUUCUGGCUCAAGGAAGGGCCUCGCCAACUCCGGGUGUUGGACCUUUCCCAUAACAACCUAGGAAAGGUUUGGGGAGAGGAGAGGUGCCUCAACAUCUUCCAGGGUUUGGAGGAGCUGGUGGGGCUCAACCUGAGCUCCAACAGAAUCCGCAGUGUGCCCCAGCAUCUCCUCCAACCUUUAUACUCUUUGCAAAGGCUGGAUCUCUCCGACAACCUCCUCCAUAUGCUUCCGGAGUGGGCCUUCGAUGGCUUGACUUCCUUGCGCGAUCUCAGCCUCAGCGGGAACCCCUUGGUGACCCUCUCGACUUCGUUGUUCCAGCCCUUGGAGCACCUACAGUCCUUGGACCUGAGAGACCUGGCGCUGUUGUGCGAUUGUGAGAUGGCCAACCUCCAGCGAUGGUAUCAGGAGAAGAAGGCUGCCCCGAAUUCAGCAACGCUCUCCUGCCUUCGGACCCGUCCGACUUUCCAGUGGUUCUCCUUGACCUCUUUCCUGGAAAGCCAUUGCGCCCAGUAAGAUGUAGGCCCGGUUCCUUCCGUAUUGUCACAGACCUAAUGCACAUGGCGCAAUUACGGCUCUAUCAUCCCACUUCCUCCUUACUGUCAGGAACCCGAUUCACAACCAGAGAAUCCAAAUAAACAUAACAA